AUGGCGCUCUACCUGUACCGGAAGAUUCGGGACAAAAGGCAGCAGCAACCACCUCAGCCUUGGACGGACGCACAGAAAUCAAAUGAGCUCGAUGACUUCAUGGGAGAGCUCCACCGGCCUUCCAACGACCGCUCAUCUACCGAGCAAAUGCUGCACGAAGAACAAACGGCGGCGGCCAAGCAGGAGAAGAGCGCAAUGAGAAGAUACCGGUGGCGGCUCAUUGCAGGCCUGUUCAUACCAGCCUCGAUCCAAGCCUUGAAUACGACAAUGUUGGCAGGAGCUCUCCCGUUCAUCGCUUCCGACUUCAAUCAACUCUCCCAACUCAACUGGAUCGUCUCUGCCUAUAACCUUACCGCCGCUGCUUUCAUUCCAUUCUGGGGCCAAAUGGCCGACGUUGCCGGCCGCUACAUCACUCUACAAGCGGCAGCGGUUGUCAUGAUCUUGGGAAGUGCCCUUUGCGCAGGAGCACCAACCAACAACUUUGCUAUGUUUCUUGCUGGUCGCGGACUUGAAGGCGUCGGAUCGGCCGGCUUCCUCAUCCUUUCGAAAGUCAUACUGGCGGACAAAGUGUCUCUGCAGCAGAAUGCGAAAAACAACACCGUCUUCACGGUGGUCAUUGGGGUCGCCUACUCCAUCGGGCCCGUUGUUGGAGGAUAUUUGACAGCAGUGACUUGGCGCUGGGUAUUCAUAAUAAACAUACCGCUGAGUGUUGUGGGCAUCGUGCUCCUGCACUUUGUCACGCGGCCAUUACUACUUGGACCGCAGGCGAUCAAGAAGGACGAGCGUGAAACAUCUGAACAAGUCUCUCGUUCGGCCAACUUCACGAAACGUCUAUCGACGAUCGACUUCGGCGGCCAAGUCCUGUUCCUCUUCGGGAUCGGCCUUCUGGUACUGGCUUUGACUUGGGGUGGAUCUUACUAUCCUUGGUCAGAUGCACAGGUGAUCGGUCCAUUGGUGAGCGGAGCCGUAUUGACGAUUGCUUUCGUAUUCUGGGAAUACCUGCUGGUUCCCGGCAAAGCUCUUUCAAUCCGCCUGCCGCACCAAAGGGCAAUGAUACCUAUUCGGCUUCUCUGGGCACGCAACGGUGGCGUGUUGACUUAUAUCAACUUCAUCACGGGCAUGGCGAUGUACGCUGUGUUCUAUUUCGCAGGCCUCUACUUCACCAUCGCCAGGGGUUUCGAGUCCGACAAAGCCGGCACCAGCCUCCUCUACUACCUUCCCGGUCUAGGCGUCGGCGCCUACCUCGCCAUCUUCGCUUGCAACCGCUGGCCUCGAAAAACCUGGCCCCCGCUCGCUUUCGGCACCGUGGUGGAAGCCACCGGUAUAACCUGCAUCGCCGCCGCAAUCCACAUUGGCGAUCUACCCACUAUCUACGGCAUGAUCGCCCUGACAGGCGUCGGCACCGGAAUCCGCCUCAUGCCUGGCACCCUCCACGGAGUCGGCUACUACCGCACACAAAUCGCCUCAGUCGUCUCGAUCAUGAACUUCGCCAACUCCUUCGGCGGCACCAUGGCUUCGACAAUUAUGUUGAACAUCUUCAACAACAAGCUGGGCAUCAGUCUUGUCCACGGAACCUCGGGGGCAUCCAGCUUCAAUCAGAUCGACCAACUGCCGCCGAAAGAGCAGGAGUUUGUCCGAGCCAGAGCACAAGCGGCGAUUGUGGUGGCGUUCUAUGGCAUCAGCGCCUUCAUGUGGCUUGGAGUGGUGGCGAUGGCAUUCUUGGGUAAUGUCGAUAUCAAGAAGGAUGUCGAUGAUGUUGAUGAGGAGGGGCAGACGUCGGCUAGCAGCUUGGCGAAGGGCUCGUACGUUGCUAGCUGGUGCCGACGGUCAGACGGGGACGAUGUUGCUGCUGAAGAGGCGGGAAGAGAAACGAAAUAG